UUAAUCCAGAGAAGCAAAAGAUGCUUCAGGAGGAACUCGACAGAGUUAUUCCAGACAAAAGCAUACCUAUUACAAAGGAACAGCUAGAAGAACUUAAGUUUAUGCGGGCUUGCAUCAAGGAAACCAUGCGAGUUAUGCCAAUUACUAUUGGCAACAGUCGCACUUCUGUCAAAGACCUGGUUCUAGGUGGCUACCAAAUUCCAGCUGGCACUAUGCUGAACACGCCAAACUACAAUCUAGGAAAGAACGAAAAAUACUUCCCACGAGCGAAUGAGUUUUUACCUGAACGAUGGCUUUCAGGCGCAACCGAUCUAAAAUGCAAAAAUCCAUUUGCCUACCUUCCGUUUGGAUUUGGACCACGCAUGUGUGUAGGUAGAAGAUUUGCUGACCUAGAGAUCGAGACAAUUGUGGCCAAGAUUUUCCGCAACUUCAAUCUAGAGUGGAACAAUCCUCCAGCUGCACUCAAAAUGCAGGUUGUUCUUNAAUGA